CAUAACAAUACCAGCUCGACAUGCUCCUGGCGUCACAUUUCUGUAUCACCACAACAGAACUACACCUUUACCGUCUUCGCUUCAACGAGUGUCGGAAAUGGUUUAGAAUCGUCAAAGCAUCAUGACAUUCCGUCUGGAGCUCCACUGAUAAAACCUAACAGCCAAGCGAGUAUCAAGCUUGGCUCAUCCUCAGCAGUCAGCGAUCCCGAGAAACAGUUCCGGGUCGAUUUUGAUGUGAACUUGGUGUGUAACAAGGAGAACGGAAUCAUCACUGACCACUAUGUGUUCGUGUCCGAGGCGGACGAGUCUAACACUGGAGAGGCUGGAAAACCUUUUCAAGGAACUAAAGUCAGCUUUACCAACAAGAGAUUGAACAUUUACCGAACCUGGUCGGCCGUCAAAGACGCAGACAGCAUCACUCCUUAUAUAGCGUCAAGGUCAUGGCAUCCCUGUCCGAACGUCCAGGAUAGUAGGAGGCGGAGAAGGGCGACUACCCCACAUACUGUUACGUUCACAGUCGGUGAAGGAGGAGACUGUAGCGGGGAUUGUAAUGGAUAUGUCCAGCCUGGGAGAUCCUAUAAGGUGAGAGUAGCUUUUUGUACGGCGAAAGGAUGCUCGGAGUCCGAAUGGAGUAAUCCCGUAAAAACAGAGCCCAAUUUGACGCCGUCCAUCGUUGGCGGGGUUGUCGGGGCGUUGCUAGCUGUCACUAUAUUUCUGAUAGUGAUGUUUAUACUGCGGAGACGGUCCAUGUUAUGCUUCAAUAAAGAUACCGACAAAGGAUUUACAGAAUUAUCUGGAAAAACAAAUGUUGGUUACCAAGGAGAUUCCACGGAAAUGAAAGUCAUUAAAGCAAGAAAUAUCAAAGUAGCGGAGUUUGCUGACAAGUUUUAUCAGUUGAGCAAGGAUAGCAAUAUGAAGUUUUCAGAAGAGGUCAAGUUGCUUAAGGAACUCAGCCCGACACAUGCCACACACUGUGCUGAGGAACAGGCUGUCCGUAUAAAGAACCGCUACACAAACAUACUAGCAUAUGACCACAGCCGAGUUAAACUUCUACCUUUGGACGAAGAAGAAGGUUCGGACUACAUCAACGCCAAUUACAUUCCUGGUUAUCAUUCCAAGCGAGAAUACAUUGCCACUCAGGGACCUCUUGUGUGUACCAAGGAUGAUUUCUGGAGGAUGAUAUGGGAACAGAACGUCAGUGUUAUAGUCAUGUUAACGCAGUUAGUGGAGCGAGGAAGGAGAAAGUGUGACCAGUACUGGCCUGAGGAGGUGUCCGAACCAGUCUACUUUGGCGACCUCAUCGUCCGGAUAGACUCCGAGUCGACUCUCCCUGACUACGUUAUCCGCGUCAUCAGCAUGCAGCUGGGAGACAUCCAGAGGCGGAUGACGCACCUCUUAUACUUAGCAUGGCCCGACAUGGGAACUCCUACCACCUCCGACAGCGUGCUCAAGUUCGUGGAGUCAUGUCGAAAACACAAAAAUCCCACUUUGCAUGGUCCUAUCGUUGUCCACUGCAGUGCUGGUGUAGGACGGACGGGGACAUUUAUUGCGGUGGAUCAUCUGAUACAGAGUCUGAACGCCGGCAACCAUGAAGUGGAUAUUUUUAACAUGGUACUGGGCAUGCGUAAUGAGCGCCCCAACAUGGUACAAACAGAGGAUCAGUACAUAUUUAUACACGAGUGUAUCAAGGACUUCCUCACAUCAGAAAAUGAGGAGGACGAAGAAGAGGACGAGGAAGAAGACGAGGAGGAGGACGAACCAAUUUACCAGAAUACGUGAAUGAAAAGUGUCCUUCCAAACGUGUGAAGACAGGGGAUAUUUUCUACAGACAAGUAGUUCUCCGGACGUAGAAGAGGCUCACUGUUUCAACAUCGAAGAUGAUUAUAUCAAGUAAAAAGGACACUGUGACUAACAUCGAAUUAUUUUAUAUAUACAUGUUGCAAUCCAUUUCAUUGAAUAUGAUCAAUUAAGACUUUUUAUAAAGGACAAAUUUUAACCAGACAUUUCUGCGACAGGUGCUAUGUUUAUUAUUACCAAUGAACAAAUGACAAUACAUGACAAUGAUUGUUUUGUGAUUGUGGUAUGUUUUUUUAUAUUUAUAUUUUAUUGUUUGUAUUACAUACAUAUUAAUUAGUCCGCGAUUAAGUCCCAGUGUUUGUUUCUAACCUUGGAGUAGCUUCGAAUUCAUAAGGGCUCCUCUGGUGGUCAAACCCUCCCGGUCAUAUUUUGAAGCCUCCGUAUGUAUCAGCCUGAAUGCUCAGUCUGCGUUAAACAAUGUCGUUAUAAACAUGUAUAUGUGUAUGUAUGUAUGUAUGUAUGUUAUCUAAAGACGUCUAACAGACAGCUAGAGAAUAUAUCACUAUGAUUUGUUGGGUAAAUCCCUCUACGUACAGUUGUAUAUGUAUUAUGUUAAUAUAUUCGAGGCUAUAAUUUGUUAUAUUCUCUUGGUCACGUUUCUAUGUUAAUCUGCUGGCCUUACCUCCCUUGUCACAUUAAGACUUUACAAUCUACUGCUUACAUUCCAAUUUAUAAUGAAUCAAGAUGUCACUGCAUAAUUCCCUGUUACUGUUAAUCUUCGUGUCUAAUGCUGCCGAGUCACCACCAUAAAAGUAGUCUUUCUAGACCUAUACAUCAUCGCCUUGUACCCUGGUACUUAUUAUCACAUUGUAUGAGUAGUUAUAUAACUUGUUAGAUGUAUGAGUACUAAUAUAUAACUUGUUAGAUGUAUGAGUACUAAUGUAACUUGUUAGAUGUAUGAGUACUAAUAUAACUUGUUAGAUGUAUGAGUACUAAUAUAACUUGUUAGAUGUAUGAGUACUUAUAUAACUUGUUAUAUGUACGAGUACGUACAUGUAUAUAACUUGUUAGAUGUAUGAGUACUUAUAUAACUUGUUAGAUGUAUGAGUACUUAUAUAACUUGUUAGAUGUAUGAGUACUUAUAUAACUUGUUAGAUGUACGAGUACUUAUAUAACUUGUUAGAUGUACGAGUACUUAUAUAACUUGUUAGAUGUACGAGUACUUAUAAAACUUGUUAGAUGUACGAGUACAUAUGUAACUUGUUAGAUGUAGGAGUACUUAUGUUACUUGUUAGAUGUACGAGUACUUAUAUAACUUGUUAGAUGUACGAGUACUUAUGUAACUUGUUAUAUGUACGAGUACUUAUAUAACUUGUUAGAUGUAUGAUUACUUAUGUAACUUGUUAGAUGUACGAGUACUUAUAUAACUUGUUAGAUGUACGAGUACUUAUUUAACUUGUUUGUCCUCUUCUUGCCAGAAUAUAUAACAUACCGGUCAUAAUAAUCAAGUAUUGUCCGCCGCCAUUAUCACACGUAGAUGUACCAAUAUAUUGAGAUGUUUUUAUUGUUGUAGUUUUCCAAUGUGUCUGUGAAUCACUGAUGGUUACACAGUUUAUAAUCAACUAGUCAUUCCAUACUGCCAUCAAAGACAUUUCAGUCGUGAUUGAAGUAGCUGAGUAGUGGGGUAUAUGAUAUCCAUAAUGUUAUUGAAUAUGUUUAUGACUAAGAGGUAAGUUAAACGUAUUAUACUAGUCUAACUUCGGGACACAUUCAGCUAACUAGACGGUAGGGUGAACGCAUUAAACUAGUCUAUCUUCGGGACACAUUCAGCUAACUAGACGGUAGGGUGAACGCAUUAUACUAGUCUAUCUUCGGGAUACAUUCAGCUAACUAGACGGUAGGAUGAACGCAUUAAACUAGUCUAACUUCGGGACACAUUCAGCUAACUAGACGGUAGAGUGAACGCAUUAAACUAGUCUAACUUCGGGAUACAUUCAGCUAACUAGACGGUAGAGUGAACGCAUUAAACUAGUCUAACUUCGGGACACAUUCAGCUAACUAGACGGUAGAGUGAACGCAUUAAACAAGUCUAACUUCGGGAUACAUUCAGCUAACUAGACGGUAGAGUGAACGCAUUAAACUAGUCUAUAUCCGGGAUACAUUCAGCUAACUAGACGGUAGAGUGAACGCAUUAAACUAGUCUAACUUCGGGACACAUUCAGCUGACUAGACGGUAGAGUGAACGCAUUAAACUAGUCUAACUUCGGGAUACAUUCAGCUGACUAGACGGUAGGGUGAACGCAUUAAACUAGUCUCGGGACACAUUCAGCUAACUAGACGGUAGGGUGAACGCAUUAAACUAGUCUCGGGACACAUUCAGCUAACUAGACGGUAGAGUGAACGCAUUAAACUAGUCUCGGGACACAUUCAGCUAACGAGACGGUAGGGUGAACGCAUUAAACUAGUCUAACUUCGGGAUACAUUCAGCUGACUAGACGGUAGGGUGAACGCAUUAUACUAGUCUAACUUCGGGAUACAUUCAGCUGACUAGACGGUAGAGUGAACGCAUUAAACUAGUCUAACUUCGGGACACAUUCAACUAACUAGACGGUAGAGUGAACGCAUUAAACUAGUCUACCUUCGGGACACAUUCAGCUAACUAGACGGUAGAGUGAACGCAUUCAACUAGUCUAACUUCGGGAUACAUUCAGCUAACUAGACGGUAGAGUGAACGCAUUAAACUAGCCUACCUUCGGAAUACAUUCAGCUAACUAGACGGUAGAGUGAACGCAUUAAACUAGUCUACCUUCGGGACACAUUCAGCUGACUAGAUGGUAGGGUGAACGCGGUAAACUAGUUUAUCUUCGGGACACAUUCAGCUGACUAGAUGGUAGGGUGAACGCAGUAAACUAGUUUAUCUUCGGGACACAUUAAGCUGAUCAGGAUACCCGAGACACACUUGUGAUGAGCUAGGUUUCUCUUUUUAUUGUCACAAUUUCCUGAAGUAAUCACACGUACAUUGUGUAGUCUAGUUUCGUACACACCAUAGUUUGAGUCCACCUUUUUUAAUAUUUUACUUUAAAAUGCACAAUAUUUUCGCAUAGAUUUAGUUUCCUGCACAUGCAUUUACAUGUCUACUCGCUAGAUAUCAUGAGUAUCUGUCUCGCGAAAAGAUUAUAAAUGCAUUUGUUCGGGGUGUGGGUAGUUAUAUUUACUUAACUGGCUUAGCGUUGAAUGCACGUGUUUAAAACAUCCAGAGACUUUUUAGGACACUCAGUCACGUGAUAGGGUAAUUAACAUGUUCACCAUUGAUUGAUUAAUGUUAUAUUGAUGCUGUAAUGUAUAUAAAAAUUCGUGCCUUAAAGGCACACUUUAUCUAUGUCAUUUUAUUUCAUAACUGGCCUCAUAUGCAGUGUGUCAGUGUUUUAUUGACAAUGACGUCACGUCAUCCGUUUAAAAUUGUAUGAACUGCUGCUUCCGUUCGAUUUUGUCCUCUACAUUCCUGCUUUAAAAACAGUCAAAAUGUCAGUUUUCUGAGGAGCAGGUAUGCUAAACAAAUGUAUAUAAAAUUUGCUUAAUUUCGUACGAUUUCUUUUUUUUUUGUGAAACUCGUCUCGAAGUUUGAAUAUUGCUCGCACAGACUCGCAAAAUUUAUAAAAAAAAAAAAAAGUAUAGUGGUGCCAUACAAUCUCAUAUGAAAUGAAAACUCAUUAAAGAGUCUGUGUACGUUUUUUAUAUUACUUUGUUAUCAACAGAUUUUGUUUUUCGUUUAACCUAGAUGAUGUACUUGAUCAUGUUUUAUAAUUCAAUGAUAGAAAAUCAUUCUACUUUAUUUUGUCAAAACUGAUGCAAAAUAAAUCAGCAUCACCUGAUGACUUUUAAAAUUCAAAUUUUGUGAAAUAUAGGAGUCUACAUCUGAACACCUUCUGUCGAUAACAUUAUUAACUCAGAAGUAUAGGAGUCUACAUCUGAACACCUGUCGAUAACAUUAUUAACUCAGAAAUAUAGGAAUCUACAUCUGAACACCUGUCGAUAACAUUAUUAACUCAGAAAUAUAGGAGUCUACAUCUGAACACCUGUCGAUAACAUUAUUAACUCAGAAAUAUAGGAGUCUACAUCUGAACACCUUCUGUCGAUAACAUUAUUAACUCAGAAAUAUAGGAGUCUACAUCUGAACACCUUCUGUCGAUAACAUUAUUAACUCAGAAGUAUAGGAGUCUACAUCUGAACACCUGUCGAUAACAUUAUUAACUCAGAAAUAUAGGAGUCUACAUCUGAACACCUUCUGUCGAUAACAUUAUUAACUCAGAAGUAUAGGAGUCUACAUCUGAACACCUGUCGAUAACAUUAUUAACUCAGAAAUAUAGGAGUCUACAUCUGAACACCUUCUGUCGAUAACAUUAUUAACUCAGAAAUAUAGGAAUCUACAUCUGAACACCUGUCGAUAACAUUAUUAACUCAGAAGUAUAGGAGUCUACAUCUGAACACCUUCUGUCGAUAACAUUAUUAACUCAGAAAUAUUGGAGUCUACAUCUGAACACCUUCUGUCGAUAACAUUAUUAACUCAGAAAUAUAGGAGUCUACAUCUGAACACCUUCUGUCGAUAACAUUAUUAACUCAGAAAUAUAGGAGUCUACAUCUGAACACCUGUCGAUAACAUUAUUAACUCAGAAAUAUAGGAGUCUACAUCUGAACACCUGUCGAUAACAUUAUUAACUCAGAAAUAUAGGAGUCUACAUCUGAACACCUUCUGUCGAUAACAUUAUUAACUCAGAAAUAUAGGAGUCUACAUCUGAACACCUUCUGUCGAUAACAUUAUUAACUCAGAAAUAUAGGAGUCUACAUCAGAACACCUGUCGAUAACAUUAUUAACUCAGAAAUAUAGGAGUCUACAUAUGAACACCUGUCGAUAACAUUAUUAACUCAGAAAUAUAGGAGUCUACAUCUGAACACCUGUCGAUAACAUUAUUAACUCAGAAAUAUAGGAAUCUACAUCUGAACACCUUCUGUCGAUAACAUUAUUAACUCAGAAAUAUAGGAGUCUACAUCUGAACACCUGUCGAUAACAUUAUUAACUCAGAAAUAUAGGAGUCUACAUCUGAACACCUUCUGUCGAUAACAUUAUUAAGUCAGAAAUAUAGGGGUCUACAUCUGAACACCUGUCGAUAACAUUAUUAACUCAGAAAUAUAGGAGUCUACAUCUGAACACCUGUCGAUAACAUUAUUAACUCAGAAAUAUAGGGGUCUACAUCUGAACACCUUCUGUCGAUAACAUUAUUAACUCAGAAAUAUAGGAGUCUACAUCUGAACACCUUCUGUCGAUAACAUUAUUAACUCAGAAAUAUAGGAGUCUACAUCUGAACACCUUCUGUCGAUAACAUUAUUAACUCAGAAAUAUAGGAGUCUACAUCUGAACACCUGUCGAUAACAUUAUUAACUCAGAAAUAUAGGGGUCUACAUCUGAACACCUUCUGUCGAUAACAUUAUUAACUCAGAAAUAUAGGAGUCUACAUCUGAACACCUUCUGUCGAUAACAUUAUUAACUCAGAAAUAUAGAAAUCUACAUCUGAACACCUGUUGAUAACAUUAUUAACUCAGAAAUAUAGGAGACUUCAUGUUUACAUCUUUUUGUUUAUACAGUAUUAAAGCAAAAAUAUUGGGGUCUACAUCUUUACAUCUUCCAUCGAUAGCAGUACAGUUAUGGAUGAUGUUACGGGGAAUCCAUAUUAAUUCUGACAAACGUUAUUGUAUUAAUUUUCGUUUUUGUUUUUUUGGUUUUUGUUUUUUUUUUGGUUUUUUGUUUUUUGGUGUUUUUUUUACAAUGCUUCUUUGUUCACAAAGAUAUAGUAGUCAUAUAAUAAAGAUAAUGUUUAUAUAUUUAUUUUACCAUCAAAUGACAUGUUCAUGGGCGCUUACACAUUAUAUAUAUAUACAUUCCUUUAAUCAGAAAAUGUAUAUUUUUGUAAUGAUAUGCAAUUAUCACUUUUUUAUAAUUAAAUGCUAUCACAAUUGA